CAUGUUACUCCUCAGUAUGAUAGUCAUAACACUGAUUCAUUGAAUUUGCAGAGCGCGUUUCUAGAAGUGGUGAUACCGCCGGACAUAAUAUCCGAAGAGACUUCCAACGACCUAAUGGUACCUGAGGGCGGGUCCGCGAAACUGGUAUGCAAGGCUCGCGGCUAUCCAAAACCUGAGAUCCUUUGGAAGCGAGAAGAUGGCACCGAGAUUAUCUCCCGUGCCGGAUUGUCCGGUGGCAAAACGAAAAUAGCUACCGCCGAGGGGGAAACGCUGACUCUGUCGAAAGUAACCAGAAGCGAGAUGGGUACCUACCUGUGCAUCGCGAGUAACGGAGUACCACCAUCAGUCAGCAAACGGAUGAUGCUGCACGUGCACUGUGAGUACGCCCCUAAUAUCGUUUCACCCGCAAUUCUCGCCGAAAAGAUUUAUCUUGGCCACCCACCGUGAUCCGAAGAUCAUCUUUACGGCGAGUAGGAAACAGAUAAAAUUCGUCGCGUUUAUUUUUUUUUUUUUUUUAAAGAUUCUCGCGCGUUUGCCGCGAUUUGUCAAUGUAAUUGAUCCAAUUGCUCUUCAUGCUGAGGUUGUGUGAUUCAACAUUAACGAGGAAAUUUAACCCUCAAGCAGUAUUAUAUUGCAAAAAUUUAUAAAUUUUAUACUCUCUUGAAUGGAGAAUUAGUAAGGUUGAAAAUUUCGAAUUAAAAAUUUCAGAAUUAAGCUAGAUUUUUGUGGAUCCCAAAGUCCAAUGUCAGUCAAGGAAUAAUAUGAAAGAAAAGUCUCUAUGAGUGAUAGAAAAUUGAUUGGAAAUCUCAGCAUGAUUUUUUAAUGAAAAAAAAAAAAAAGAAUGGAGCGUAUCGUGGAGAUUAUGACGUUAUAAUUUUUUUUAUUUUUAAGACUUUGAUAUU